UUUCAUUCAAUUUCAGAAGCAAGAGUAUUUUGCGAGGACAGCAACGCCUCACCAUGGACACCGUUCGGUUACGCCUGUCCUGUGUUAUGUGCUACUGUUGUGAACGCUGUACAGAGGCUUAAAAUAAUGGAUUACAAGAAAACAAUGUUCCAAGAUUUGAGUAUAGAGCCGUUAAGCGAUAUUAAUGAUGUUGUUUACAAUAUAGCGAGAAGUAAACAAACAAAAAUCGAGGAAUCCAAUUCGCACAAAUUUAACUUUCGCAAACAGAAUGGAUACUAUAAAAAUUCUUAUAAAAUUGAUAAACAGAAAAGGGAAAUUUAUUAUAACAAAGACUUUGAUAUAGAUAAAAUUAACAAAUCGAAACAAUUAAAAAAGGAUAUUAAAGAAAAUUACAUUAAAAAUAAAGGAUUACAACAUAAUCCCAAAGAUUAUUACAAAGUUGACGAAAUUAGAAAUUUUGUAGACAAGAUGGCGUCGUUACUCGAAAUGGCGGAUAGGAAUAUGACAGCUUUGAGAGCCGAGUACAAUAACUCCAGUGUUUCGAGACGAUUUAAUUUAGACAAUACCUUUGUUAACAUUAUGACAAAUAUUCUAAACAAAUAUGUAUCUUCGUCAUUCCAAUUCACUCAAGAGAUGACCGGGGUAAUGCUUAAUAAAUUAUUAUACAGCUCAGACGCACACAAACGCUUUUACGAUGUGGGAAAACUUUUAAAAUACCUAAGAAAAACUGUGCAUAUAAAAAACCACGCUAACAAUUACGUCAUAACUUUACGUCCACAAAACUGUAUGACUAUCAGUGUACCGGGAUGCUUUUGUAAACAAGGUUACGUGGAAAAUUCGGGACAGUGUGUGGAGCCAGCUAAGUGUCUAGAUGACCAGUCACUCUUAAAAUAUUUAGAUAGAAUUGUUAUAUUAUAAUAAAGUUUUUUUUAACCUAAAAAUUAAGAAAAUGCGCUACGUACUGCUAUCUAGCAAGUGUUAAAAAAAGAUGUUUAUUAUGAAAUAUAAGAUAAAGAUACAGGUAUGGCGUCAUUAAAUUUGUAUUGGUAGACAUCCCUACUCAUCGGCAAAGAAGACAGAGGGUGUAGGUCGAGAGAAAAAGCCGGCGUAAAAAAACUCUCGGUACCCUUUUAAAAUAUCAAAUCGUCAUACAAAAUGACUAUGGCAUAGAAAAAAGAAACCAGAAGGAGAGAGAUGCGGUCUACUCUUUAUUUGUAUUAAAUUACAAAAAUUAAAUGGAAACCUCGCACUCCAGUUUCCGGAAUUAAAUGACUGGUCACACAACGCCAUGUUGUGCUGAUCCACCAGUGAAAUGCCAGUCACUAUACAAAAUUCAUGCAAAGACUUUAAUAACAUCACUACAAUUUUGUUACAUUAAAAAUAAAUACAAAAUUGUUUUUUUAUAAUUUUUAGUUUAAGACCUUGGGACUUUUAUUGCCACUUGGUACCACAUCCUAAUAAGACAAACUGUGAAGAGGUACAGAUAGUAGGAGAGGUACAGAGAGUAGGAGAGGUACAGGGAGUAGGAGAGGUAC